AGCCGCGCUGGAUUGCGCCAGCCAGUCCCAGCGUGGCUCCCAAGGCCCGGGUCCUGCCAGAUCCGCCUCCUUCAUGUUGCCGCCAUCUGCUGCUACUCACGCAUGUAACCCCGCUAGUGUUUUGUGCCAGCUGUGGUCAAAAUUGAUUCCUGAUUCUUCGAGCGAAGGAGGCUGAUCCUCAGAGUUGUUUCCAUAGACUGGCUGAGGUGUAGCGGAGUAUAAAUGCCCCGGCUGGUGGGAAAUCUGCCCCGUGUGUGUGGCGUUGGUGGCUGCGGCUGCAUCGCGUUGGCAGGGACGAAGGGACAUGCUGCAUGAGGUCCUAGCCAGCAUGCAGUUUGCUGUGGGGUCCUCCACUCCCUCCAGUCAUCACAGGAGCGCUGUGAUUGGUCAUCAGCGCUGUCACUUGUCUGGUAGAAAUCCGUGUUUAACUUAUCUAAGCCUGACACUGCAGAUGACAGAUGCGGACAAAGAACCCCUGGACUCAGCUUAAGAAAGAACUGCUGGUCUUUUUCUUCUUUAAAAAUAAAUGAUGGUGAGUUUGAGAUUAAAAUGGUAUUUAGAUUCCAUUGGCUAUGUUUUCCUUGUGUGUUUCUAAUGGCUGGAAAUGACAUCCUUUUCAGCUACUAAACACGUACUGAAACGUUUUAGCAGCUCGCCCUGCCGUCUGCAAUGGGGAAUGUCGCGGGGAGGGGAGCGUGCUUGCAGGCUACCGGGAGCAGCCAGUUUUGUAAGAGGACCCCACGAGAGGUCUCCAGCCAAGGCCUGAAGAGUAGGACUCCGUUCCAAGUCUCCAUCUCGGGACAGCCUUGGAGACCUUGCCCCAGAGACUUCCUGUCUCAGUUGAGCUCAUUUGCACAACUGGGCGUCUGCUACCUUGCUCGGUUGUUGCGAACAGCAGAGAGAAUCUGUGCAAAGCCGCUGGUGCAGGAGGGGUGUGCUUGCUGCCUGUCAGCAAAGGAGAUCCGCUGUGAAGCAACGGGAAGUGACACGGCUGGGUCUUCAAACUUCCUUGCCUCCCACCCCUCUUCCGGGUGGACACUGUGGACCGGCCCUCCCACGCUCGGGUCCUGCGCCCCGCCCACCUUCCCUGGCGCAGCUCCGCCUGGCCGUCUGGAGACUGGGCGCCCCGGGAACCCUGGUCCACCGGACCGCGCCUGUUGCUCCGUGGAGCAGGACCCCGCGUGCUCUGGAGACCAUGGAUAAAUACGACGUGAUUAAAGUCGUCGGGGAGGGCGCCUUUGGGAAAGCGUACCUGGCCAGAGGGAGAUUGGACAGCAAGCCCUGUGUCAUAAAAGAGAUCAACUGCGCACAGAUGCCCGCCCAAGGAAAAGAAGCUUCCAGGAAAGAAGUCGUCCUUCUGGCCAAGAUGAAACAUCCCAACAUCGUAGCCUUCUUCAGUUCAUUUCAAGAGAACGACAGCCUGUUCAUUGUGAUGGAGUACUGCGAUGGAGGGGACCUCAUGAAAAGAAUCAGCAGACAGCGGGGGGUGCUGUUUAGUGAGGACCAGAUUCUGAGCUGGUUCGUGCAGAUUUCUCUGGGGCUAAAGCACAUUCACGACAGGAAGGUCUUACACCGGGACAUAAAGACGCAGAACAUCUUUCUCAGCAAGAAUGGGACGGUGGCCAAGCUUGGGGACUUCGGUAUCGCGAGAGUCCUGAACAAUUCCAUGGAACUUGCCCAGACUUGCGUUGGCACCCCUUACUACCUGUCUCCGGAGAUCUGCCAGAAUAAACCCUACAACAACAAAACGGACAUUUGGUCUCUUGGCUGUGUUUUAUAUGAGCUCUGCACGCUCAAGCAUCCUUUUGCGGCUCACAACCUGCACCAGCUGGUGCUGAGGAUCUGUCGGGCGCACGUCGCCCCCGUCUCGCCACGCUUUUCCCGUGACCUUCAGUCCCUGCUGUCACAGCUCUUCAAAGUGUCCCCCAGAGACCGGCCAUCCAUUAAUUCCAUUUUGAAAAGGCCCUUUCUGGAGAAUCUCAUCGCCAGAUACUCCACUCCCGAGGUCCUUCAGGAAGAGCUCAGUCACCCCCUCACGCACCAGGCAAGACCACCAGCGUCUCGCUCUGCUGGGGAGAUGGUGCAAGGUUCUAAAAUCCGGCAAGUGAGACUGCAGGGGCAGAGCCUCCCGAGAGCAAGAGUAUGGGUGCCAAAGAGAAGGAAGGAGGUCAUGUGUAGAAACGAACGGAGCCCACCAGCCGGAGCCCCGGAGCCCCUGUUUAUAAAAAUGGUGGAAAGGCCCCAGCCUGCUGAAGCGUGUGGCCAUUAUGGUUAUUACUAUGCUCAACUUGACUUGUUGAGGAAGAGGAGAGACCACGAACCGAGUUCCCACCAUGUGCCUCAGAGAAAGACCGGAGUGAAGAGGAAUUGUCACCAGGAAGAAAGCCACCGUCCAUCCCCAAGUCAAUGGCCAGCUGAAUUCCUUCAGAGGAGAUUUGAAGCUCAGCAAUAUAAGCUGAAAGUAGAAAAGCAACUGGGUCUGCGUCCAUCCUCUGCUGAGCGAAACCACGACAGGAGACAAGAGCCGAGAAGCCCUGGAGAUGAACCCGGACUCCGGGAGCUGCCGUCCAGGAGACACAAAGCGAAGGAACAGGAAUACUGGAUGCAGCUGGAGGACAUUCGCCAGCAGUACCACCGCGCCGUGAAGGAAAUCCGGAAGAAGCUGGGGAGCGGGCUGGAGGAAGACUCGAAGAUGAGUCACAAAACCUAUGUGGUGAAGAGGAGGGACCUGCCCAUCCCCCAAGGCGCACCUGAGGAAGAUGCACCUGAGGAAGACGCACCUGAGGAAGAUGCACCUACGCAGGGUAUUGAAAGAGACUUGAAACAAAUUAGACUUCAGAACAUGAAGGAAAGGGAACUCCUGGAACAAAAUUAUAAAGUUAAGAGAGGGGUAAAGUUUGAAAUUAAUUUGGACGAAUGUAUUUCAGAUGAAAAUACUCUCAAAGAGGAAGAGGGCGUGGCGGUACUAAAGGAAACGUUGACCUUUGAGGAUGGCGUGAAGUUGAGGGAAAACAGCUGUACGAAGGAGCGUGGGGAUGACCCAGAGGAAGCGUCUGGAAAACACGGCCGCUCAGACGCGGCGCCGUCCACUCAGGCUGCUGCUGCUGCCGGCGCCGUAGAAAGCAGGAGACGGUGGGCUGCUGGAGCCCCCCAGACUCUGCUGGAGAUGAUGGCAGAGGCUGACCUCACCUCCCUCGGCAGCACCAGGCCUGAGGACGGCCAAGCACGGGUGAGCGACGGCGGUCCAGAAGGUCGGAAGCAGUGGCGGCGCGAAGCUCCGGACACUUUGCUGAGCGUCUGGGCGGCAGCCCAGCUAACGGGCAGCUCGUUUUCUGCCAGCGAAGGAGCAUCUGCAGCGGGGACAUCGGGACAACAGCGUCCUGAAGAAAAUACACAGAAGGUGGAAGUGGCAACCGGCCUUGAAGUAGACGGGGACCAAUUAGAACCGAGAUCUGAAGAUGAUGAUGAUGAUGAUGAUGAUGAUGAUGAUGAUACAAAUUUUGAGGAAUCUGAAGACGAGUUGAGAAAUGCAGUAGUGGAAUCCCUGGAGAAACUCAGCGCUUCUGAAGCGGAGGACAAAGAGGCGGCGGCUUCCAGCUUCUCUUCGGACACUGAAAACUUGGGCUAGAGAGGCGGCGCGCAGGAAUGUGCAGACCUAAAGGAAGGCGUGGAGACCAUUCCUACUUUAUCUAAUAGGAAAAUUUUUAUUGUUGGUGAAGACCAAGGAACAUCAACCACCAGUCAAAAUAUGCAAGUGUGAUUAUUGUUUUUUUUUUUUAAGCCAUACAUUAGUAUCUUGCCAACGUACUAAACAUUCAAACCUGUAGAGAAUUUUUGUGAGUUUAUUCGAGCCAAACUGACAACAGUUGCCGGGAAGCAGUAUCUCAACAAACUGAGAAAUGCCCUGGGGAAUGGCAGUUUAGCGCCUUAUUUUAUACUUUACACUCAAAACAGGAAGUGUAGAGGGGUUACAAGAAAUCCAUUGGUGGUAGAUUUAGGGAGGCGGGAGAAAACCAAGGUGUGUUGGGGGGAACCUCUGGGAUUGGAUAAAAAGUAAAAUGAUAGGCACUUCUACACAGGUGGGCACAGGGGCGUUAACAGUCAACAAUGAACGCGAUAGCAGUAUCAGUGAGACUUGUGGUCUCCCCCUGGCGCGGUGCCUGUGCUUGGGAGGGUCUGGAGAGAGGAAAUCUGACAUCCCAAAGGUAUGUUAUCAUAGAUGCAACGAGACAAUCGCCCGGCUCAGUUAAGGUAAAGAUUGACCUCUGUUAGGGGAAACACACCAGCCUAGGAGGUGAUUACCUGCCGCGGACCCGCUUUUCGUUAGAAAGUUUGAGCUCAGACCAUUUAGGUCCCCGAGUCUGUAAGGCCGCCACGCAGGCCUCCCCUGACUCGGCAGGUUCCGCGUGCGGCCCUUUCUCGUCCACAGACCUUUUUUGUCCAUAUGGUGUCUUUUCAGGUACUAGUCCUAAGCUCUUGUUUAUUGUAAGGCUUUUCCAGUAACCCAAAGGACUUCCUACUUUUCCUCUCUCAAUGUAGACGAUAGAACUAAUUUUGGGCGUUGAAAGUAUUGCUUUCACUUUAAAAUUUAAGACACUUUCAGGUAACGUGUGUUAAUGAAGAGCAGUGUGCCUCCCCCUCCAAAUGUGAACAGGUGAUGUCACACGCACAGGGGAACUCACGUUGCAGAUGGAAUUCAGCUGGCCUUCAAACAGGGCGUUCAGCUUGGAUUGUCCAGGUGGGCCCAAUGGAAGGGGGAGGAAGGCAGGAGACAGGGAGUGGCCUGGUGCUGCUGCCUAGGAGACAGAGAAGAGGCCCGGAGCCCACCAGAGAAAGCAGGCAGCGCCUGGAAGCUGGGAAAGGCAGGGAGAAGGGUUUUCCCCCACAGCCUCACCGACCCCUUGAUGUUAGCCUAGUGAGAUGCACUUCAGGUGUCUGGCCUGCAGAACUCUAAGGUGAUACAUGUGCCUUGUUUUAACCGAGUUUGGGGGAAUUCGUUAGGACAGUGAUAGAAAACUAAUACAAAUGCAUUGAUUUAAAAUAGUGGAUCUGCCACUUUAUAAAACCAUGAUUUUGAAAUUUCUUAAGUUACAUCGAAUACACUUUUUUUGAAGCUGAAGUUGACAUGGGAGUAAGGCAAUCGAAGGAGAGGAAUAAGGCAUGUUAUUAAUUACACACCAAAAAAAUCAUCUUAUUAUGUUUUAUUGAAUUAUUUCGAUAGUUUCAAAUGUAUAGGUUAUACAUUCUUAUAAUGGUCUUUUUAAAUACAGUGCUUAGCACAGCGCCAGAAAUGCUUCUUGAAUGAGUAGAUGCUGCUCCAGUUUCCUCAGUAAGACUGGGAGCUUUUUGUCAGGAGACUCGACUGUUUUUCAUAUUGAUCGUGCAGUGACAAUCCCAGUGCUGACCACUGUGCCUGUGGCUCGGCAAGUGCUGUUGAUUUUCCCGCUGCCCCGGAGGACAGGGCCACUCUGUUCCUCCGUGGCAGAAUCCUGCCGGAAAU